AGUGAUUUUUAAAUCAUGGCCGGGCUUAUCAAAGCAGCAUUGCUGUUCAAAAUAUUGGUUGUCCAAGGGAGCGUUUUUCACGCAAAAAACUACCUGAAAUCCUCAAACCAUGUUGAACGCUAUGAAAGUACAUAUUCAGAGUAUUCUGAUGACUUUGGCAAUGCUUUAAACUUUGAUGUCGGAGAAAAAUUCAUACCAAGAUUUAAACACAACCGUGUUGGUAAUCGGAAAUUGAUACCUGAUUGGUUUCGGAAACCGGAGCUCAUGGGACCAGUUGGCUAUAGUCCCAUUGGUUCAGUUCCCCAUUGGCCAUCACCUAACGGUCAAGGCAGAAUCGGUUUUCCAGCCAGGAGGAACCCGGAUAGUAACAGGAGGAACAGGUUGUGUCAAAACAUCAAGGGGUUGCCGACCCCUGAGUCAGGCUGUUGUGGUGUGGAAGCGACACGAUUCCCGAUUCAAGAUCAGUAUCCAGGUUAUCCCAAUGGUCCGCUCUGGGCAGGAUUAUUUAACGACCGCCAUCGACGGUCAACUGACAGCAAUGAACCGCCUCAUAAAAUGAUAAGAGGUAGGAUAGAACGUGGUCGAGCGACGGAUUUGCAUCAGCUGCCGUGGACGGUGCGACUGGCGAUCAACCCUCGGUUGAAGGGUCUGCACAGCCCGGACUACUGUGGCGGGACCAUCAUAAGCUCCCGAUAUGUACUCACUGCUGCCCACUGCCUGCAUAAUACAUUUAAAGACAUUUCGCAACUUGAAGUUUUCUUAGCUGAGUACGACACUAACACCUACCCAGAGGAUUGCAUCACGGGCAACGGAAAGAAGGACUGCAUUCACAAUAUAGUGAAGAAAGUCGAGCACGUGAUCAUUCACAAAGAUUACAACGACACCUACUUGCAGAAUGAUGUCGCACUCUUGAGGCUCAGCUCCGAUAUACCCUACACAGACUUCAUCAGACCAAUAUGCUUGCCAUCCCAAGACAUAGCAGAUGUAAAUGGUGAAAACAUCAUCAUCGCCGGAUGGGGUUUGGACGGCAAAAAGGAGACCAAUUUAAAACAGGCAGCGAAUGUCAACUACGUGUCAAAUGUAAAAUGUAAAGAACAGUAUUCUUAUAAAGAUGAUAGUAUGUUCUGCAGCAUCGGAGACCAUGGGGAGGAUAUAUGUCACGGGGACUCCGGGGGACCUUUGAUGGUGUUGUCGGAAAAUAAAUAUUUCCUGUCCGGUGUCGUGAGUGGUAAGAGAGGCGACCAUGAAUGCGGAUCUAGUGUGUCUUCUUUGUUCAAUAAUGUUUUCUUUCAUAAAGACUGGAUCGUUGAACAUGAAUCAGGUAGCUUCUUCCUUAAACCUAGUCUAUAUAACAGCUUUAGAUUGAAACAUAGGGUACAGUUAGUUGACAACCUCUCUAAGGAGAGGUCAAAAUACUGGUCUUGGUUGAUUGGCGAAAAGCUAUCCAUCAUGGUUCAGUUGACUCUUUCCUUAGCAGUGGUUGUUCUGUCAGUGCUAGGUCCAGCUUUUGCUGGAGCUGGAGGUGGUAGGCCCGGUUUUGGUCAAGUUGGCUUUGGGGAUGGGACCUGCUCAGCUAUCCAGGGUAUUCUCCCGGAUACGAAAUCAGGCUGCUGCGGUAAACACGCUGAAGGAGGAGGUUCAGAUGACAACAAUGAUGGUGGUGAUCAAGAAGAUAACAAUAACGGACCCGACGGCGAUGACGGCAAUGGACCAGUAGGCGGUGAUGGAAAUGACCUCGGACCAAUAGGUGGUGGCUACGGGCCGGGAGGCGAUGGUGACUUCGACUUUGGCCACGGAAAUGAUUUCGACUUUGGCCAUGGAAAGGACUUCGAUUUUGGCCACGGCAAUGACUUUGACUUCGGAAAGGGCAUAGACUUUGAUUUCGGAAAUAGGGAUUGGAUCCCUAACGAUUGGGGACUAGGCGGCAAUGGAAUUGGCGAUUCUGAUUUUGGACGAAAUAUGUUUAAUGGAGAAAAUCGUUUUAAGCGUUCAACCGAUAAAAAUGCUUCCGACAUUUCACCAGAUAAAUAUAUCAUUGCUGGCAAACCAGCAGGAAUAUUGCAGUACCCGUGGCUCGUCCAUCUUAACGUGAAGCUCCAGGACAAAAUAGUUGGCUGUGGAGGGUCUCUCAUCAGCUCCCGACAUGUGAUCACGGCGGCCCAUUGCGUUGAUUUCCAAAUCGGAAGUUAUGAAGAUGUAAGCGUCUACUUAGCCGAAUACAACACAAGGACCUUCCCCACCGAUUGCGUGGGAAGACAAUGUGUCAAAAAUAUGGUCAUACACCCGGACAGGAUAGCCAAGCACCCAAGGUACAAUCGCGAUGAACUCCACAACGAUAUAGCCAUGAUGAGGCUUAGCUCUGCAGCACCCUAUACUGACUACAUCCGCCCAAUUUGCGUGCCCCGUUUCAACAUAAACUCCGGCAAGUUCGAAGGAACCCCUCUGACCGUGGCCGGGUGGGGUCAAACAGAGUCCGGUCAACCAUCUACCAUCAAACUUCACACGCAAGUCGCUCAAGUGCCCUUAAACAAAUGCCGGCGGCAUUACCCUGAUAUCACUGAAGGCCAGCUCUGUGCUGCGGGGAAGAACGGCCAAGAUACCUGCAUGGGUGAUUCUGGAGGGCCAAUCAUGAUGGAACGGGAUGGAAUAUUCUACCUCAUUGGGCUGGUCAGUGGGAAACGCUCGGAUGCUGGAUGCGGAUCGCCGGUGCCUACCAUGUAUACCAAUGUGUUCGCGUAUACGAAAUGGAUUCAGGAUUUUAUGAGAAAAUAAGCCUGCAAGGUGUCUAAUCUCAUAAAGUUUUAUAUUUUUUUUUAUAAAAUAAAUUGUUUUUCAAAUUAUUUUUAAAAUUUAAAACCUUCAAUCGAAACAUAUAGAAUCAUUUAAAAAGUUGAUUUUUAACAGUUUUCAUGAAUAAUGUUUUCUUAUACAAUUUGGAAGUUAAUGCAUUAUGUAAUGCAUCAAAUGUAAGUUCUGGUCUAAUAAAACUGUUACAAAAUUUGA